AUGCACUCAGGUAACGUUUUACAUCACCACCCUCGUCAUGAUUGUUUCCGUUCCCAUUCCUCCUUCCAGCUUAUUUCUCUCGGUCAACCCAAGUGCGCGCCAGCAGCAGAGCACACCGCACCUCCACCCGGCCAGGACCCCAUUCUCUCCCCCGUAGACUGCACGCACCAGCACGAAUUCACCUCUGCACUCUCGGAUAUCGUCUCCAUAACUGCAGAAGCUCGCUUGGCUGAGCGAAGCGCAGGCGGGAGGGGGGGCGGAAGGGGGGAUGGUGGGGAAGGGUGGUUGGGGAGCCGGAGGGAGGUGGACUGGCAGUUUGGGCUGACCAUGCUUCAGCGGUUCAAUGACAGCUCCGUCAACCUCUCCCACUUUGCAGGCUUGAACAUGGCUGCACCUCACACUCACACGUCCUUUUGCUCCUCCCCCUCUCCUACCUGCCCCCUCUGCCCAUUCUCCCAUCAAAACGCAGAGAAGGCUCUCACAGUUCCCCCGCCCAAAAGCUUCUCUGGUUAUGAUGCCAGGAAGAACGCCAAUCCCUCCUGUCAAGUCUCGUCCUCUCUUCCUUGCAGAGAAGGCCCUCACGCUCCUCCUGGCCACCAACUUCACAGCGUGCCAGCUCUGCUGCGCUGCGUGGUCACUUCCCUUGCAACAGCCUCAUGCUGUGAGAUAUGCUGUAUCACCCUGUCUGUCCCUCUCCCCGCCCUCACAGAGAAGGCCCUCACACUCCUUCUGGCCAACAACUUCACGGCGCCAGCCCUGCUGCGCCCCAUGGUCACUCGCUUCAUGCUCCCUCGUGAGGAGCUGGUUCUAGAAAAGAUGAGAAUGAAGGGAGGCGAAGCGGUGCACGCGCGGUUGCUGCAGGCAAUGAUAGAGUUCGCCGUCACGCCCGUGCUCUCCCCUCGCAUCCACAUGUCUCGCCAACUUGCUCUUCUGGCGUUUUUACUCACCCAUGCUCUCCUUUUAACCUUGCUCUCCCUGCACCCUUGCUCUCCCUGCACCCUUGCUCUCCCUGUACCCUUGCUCUCCCUGCACCCUUGCUCUCCCUGCACCCUUGCUCUCCCUGCACCCUUGCUCUCCCUGCACCCUUGCUCUCCCUGCACCCUUGCUCUCCCUGCACCCUUGCUCUCCAUGUACCCUUGCUCUCCCUGUACUCUUGCUCUCCCUGCACCCUUGCUCUCCCUGCACCCUUGCUCUACCUGUACCCUUGCUCUCCCUGUACCCUUGCUCUCCCUGCACCCUUGCUCUCCCUGUACCCUUGCUCUCCCUGCACCCUUGCUCUCCCUGCACCCUUGCUCUCCCUGCACCCUUGUUCUCCCUGUAUCCUUGCUCUCUCUCCACGACCACAGAACACUGGGAGAUGCCCCCAUGGCAUUCGGGCUGGUGGAAUUCGAAUCCGCAUGGAACGCCGCCACCGAAGCCCGCCCUCUCUGCUUCGAAAGGCUCCUCCUCCCGGGGGUUCUCAAGGGGCAGGCAUUCCCGUCCCACCCCACCCAGGGGACCUUCCUGGACCGGCACCUGCGGGCGAAGCUAGGGUUGGAUCCGCCUGGAAAAGUGGAGUGGGGAAGGGAUGGGGUGCGGGGGUGGCGGCCUCGAGUGUUGUAUAUCACACGGCUGGGAGCGGAGUUGAAGCUUCGUCGCACCUUCCUGCCGGAGAGUCAUGAGGCGCUGCUGAAGCUGAUGGAGGAGCUUGGGUUGCAGGUGACAAUGGUAGAGAUGGGUCAAUUGACAUUUCGCCAGCAAUUCGAAGCCAUUCAAUCCGCUGACAUUGUGAUUUCCCUGCAUGGAGCUGCCCUCACCAACGUGGCUCUCUUCGCCCGCCGCACCACCGCAUUAAUCGAGGUGCGAGCACUGAAUGAGGCAGUGGAGGGGAGCGCAGAGGGCGUGUUCCGCAGCUGGGAAGAUCGCAUGACCUUUCCAAGUCAACCAAUGGACAGUAACGAGGAUGAUCCAGAGCUGAUACUCUUUAUUCCAUUCACAACCGAUGUGAAGAUCAAGAGCAUCGCCAUUAUUGGGGGAGCAGAUGGGACCAGCCCUGCAAAGAUGCGAGCCUUCAUAAAUCGUGAGGACGUUGAUUUCUCUGUGGUUAAUGAUCUGACUGCAGUGCAGGAAUGGGAUCUAACUGAGGACCUUCAAGGCGAGCUCGAGUACACCACCAAAUUCUCCAAGUUCCAGGGCGUGUCCUCUCUCACCCUCCAUUUCCCUUCAAAUUUUGGGGGUGAUUUCUCUCGGAUCCACUUCGUGGGACUCAAAGGAGAGGCCACUCAGAACAAUCGGAGAGCGGUGGCUGCAGUUGUGUACGAAGCACAGGCCAACCCCAGUGACCAUGAGGUUCCGGCUGACAUGGGAGUCCCCAAGGUGACUGUGAUGGUAGCCAAUGAGCUGCUGAACGACAUGGCCAUGAGUCCUAAGAAGGCUCAGGACUGGGUUGACUAUAACGUCAAGAGAUACGCGUUCCCAGGAGGCGCCGAUAUAAGAUACGUCUCUGUCGGAAAUGAGCCGUUUCUGACAUGGGACAAUGGAGAGUACAACCUCGUUUUGGCGCCAGCCGUUCAGAACAUCUAUGACUCUUUAAAGGCUGCUGGAUUGGACCAGAAGAUUAAGGUUACUGUCGCGUUCAAUGCUGACGUCAUGGGAACGUCAUACCCUCCAUCUAAAGCAUCUUUCCGGCCAGACAUCGCCAAUCAGAUGCGAAGAAUUGUCUCACUAUUCAGUGAAACCGGAGCCCCGUUUUCCGUAAAUAUCUACCCAUUCCUUAACUUAUAUCAGCAACCAGGAGUCUUCACAAUGGGUGAUAUUUUCCUGGAUAGACUGAACGAGCGGAACUUCACAGACCCAGGGACUGGCUUGGUCUACACGAAUGUGUUCGACAGCACUUACGAUGCCAUCUUGACAGCACUAUCAAGGAUCGGCUUUCCAGAU